CAUAUAUGUCAUUGUAAGUUCAACUCCAAUAGUUUUCAUCCGUCUUCAAAUCUGAAGCUCACAAACCCAAAAUCUCCGCAAAAAGCGACAGAGCGAUAGAAUCCUUCAAGCUAGGCUAGGCUAGCUAGCUAGUAAAGAGACCAACCAAAGCAAUCGCAAAAACAUCGACCAUGGGACUUCUUUCCAAAAUGUUCUACAAGAAGGAAGCGGACGACAAGUCCGUUUGUACCUCCAGUUCGCGCACCAGCAGUUCGCGCACCAGCGAAGGUAGCAUCCGAAGCAGCAAGUCCAAGAGAAAGUCGUCGAGAAAGUCCAAGAAAGAUCGUAUUCUGGAACUCACGUCCGAUGAUGAUGCUCAUCGCCAUACUCCCAACGAACAAAUCAUUGCCAACUACCUCGAGGUGCUCAACGGGCACGGAUCUGUGGAAGAGAUGCUCGCGUUUUUUGCCUCUCCCGAUGUCGGUGUGUAUCCGGAUGGCGGAGAUCCCGCGACUGCCGCCAUGUUUGCCAACAUUCUUCGAGAUUGCUAUCUGAGUUUCGAAGACAUGUGCUUUGAUGGUCAUUCCGUCAAGGAAGUCAAGCCAGGUGUCGUCCUCUUGGAAGACAAUGUCGUGGCGGGUACGCACACUGGAGCUCCCUAUCAGCCUCUUCCCUCCUUGGCUGCCGUUCCGGCCAGUGGAAAGCGCGUUACAUUGGACCCGGAACGUGUCUUUUUCCAAAUCAAAGACGGUAAGAUCACCAAGAUGGAUGUCAUUUCUCAGGGAGUUCACACUGGCGUGGAAGGUCUCUACGUAUUGGCAGGAGGUAGCUUCUGAACUUUGCAAGUGGGUACCCCACGGAAGACGAUUGGUAUGGUGCUCCGAUACCCCACGGAAGGAAGCCGUCGUCAGAUUUGAAGAUAUAAUAUCAACGAUUGUAAAUGUAUCCAUCAGUUAACAUACAGCUGUUCCUA